AUGUGGGGCAGCAUCUCCAACCCGGCCCGCGACAUCGCCACCGCUGCCCUGCCCGACAAGGUGGUCGCCGCAGCCGCCGUGGCCCCAGACGCCACCUCCCCGCAGCCCCCUGUGGACCUGGUGCCGCACGUGCCCUCCAACUACCCCCACUUCACCCCCUUUGUGGAGAACGUCGACCAGUACAAGGCAAUGUACCAGCGCUCCAUUGAGGACCCUGAUGGGUUCUGGGCCGACAUCGCGUCGGAGUUCCACUGGCACAAGAAGUGGGACGAGAAGCACACCUCCUGGAACUUUGACGUGCGCAAUGGCCCGAUCCACGUGGAGUGGUUCAAGGGGGGCCUCACAAACAUCGCCUACAACUGCCUGGACAGGCACGUGGCGGCGGGGCGCGGCGACCAGCCCUGCUUCCUGUGGGAGGGCAAUGAGCCCAAGGACUCUGCAGUCAUGACCUACAGCCAGGUCUUGGGGGAGGUGUGCAGGAUGGCCAACUACCUGCGCUCCAUCGGCGUGGGCAAGGGCGACGCGGUGUCCAUCUACAUGCCCAUGGUCUGCGAGCUGCCGAUCGCCAUGCUCGCCUGCGCGCGCAUCGGGGCCGUCCACUCGGUCGUAUUUGGCGGCUUCAGCGCCGAGGCGCUCGCGGGCCGCAUCGCCGACUGCAAGGCGAAGGUGCUGAUCACCUCGUCCGGCGUGAUGCGGGGCAGCAAGAAGAUCGACCUCAAGGCCAUCGCUGACAAGGCGGUGGAGAUGGCGGAGCUCAACGACGAGCACCUGGUCUCCACCGUGGUGGUACAGGAGGUGAAGCACGCCGUUACUCGCGAGCACACGCACUUUGUGCAGGGCCGCGACGUCUGGUGGGAGGACGCGCUCAGGGGCCAGCCCACUGAGGCCGAGGUGGAGUGGGUGGAGGCGGACCACCCCCUCUUCCUGCUCUAUACCUCGGGGUCGACCGGCAAGCCCAAGGGUGUGGUGCACUGCACCGGGGGCUACAUGGUGUACACCUUCACCACCACAAAGUACGUCUUCAACAUGGCACCAGGGGACGUCUACUGGUGUACCGCGGACUGUGGCUGGAUCACGGGCCACUCCUACCUGACAUACGGCCCCCUGCUGGUGGGCGCAAGCCAGGUGGUGUUUGAGGGCGUCCCCACCUACCCCGCCGCUGACCGUUGCUGGCAGGUGGUCGACAAGUACAAGGUGAAGCAGUUCUACACGGCCCCCACCGCCAUCCGCAGCCUCAUGCGCGCGGGGGAGCUGUACGUCAAGGAGCACAACCGCGACAGCCUGCGCAUCCUCGGCAGCGUGGGGGAGCCCAUCAACCCCGAGGCCUGGCGCUGGUACCACGACGUGGUGGGUGACGGCAGGUGUCCCAUUGUUGACACAUGGUGGCAGACCGAGACCGGCGGCCACAUGAUCACGCCCCUGCCCAACACGUGGCAGCAGAAGCCCGGCAGCGCCACCCUGCCCUUCUUCGGCGUGGUCCCCGUGAUUGUGGACGACAAGGCCAACGAGCUGCAGGGGGAGGCGGAGGGCAUGCUGUGCAUCAAGCAGGCCUGGCCCAGCACCCUGCGCACCGUGUACGGGGACCACGACAGGUAUGAGACCAACUACUUCAAGCCCUUCCCCGGCUACUACUUCUCGGGCGACGGCGCGCGCCGCGACAAGGACGGCUACUUCUGGAUCACCGGCCGCGUCGAUGACGUCAUCAACGUGUCCGGCCACAGGAUCGGCACCGCCGAGGUCGAGUCCGCGCUGGUCGCGCACCCCAAGUGCGCGGAGGCGGCCGUGGUGGGUUUUGAGCACGCCAUCAAGGGCCAGGGCAUCUACGCGUUUGUCACUCUCAUGGAGGGUGAGUCAUACACAGAGGACCUGCGGCGCGAGCUGAUCGCGAGCGUGCGCAGCCACAUCGGCGCAUUCGCUGCCCCCGACGCCAUCCACUGGGCCCCCGGGCUGCCCAAGACCCGCAGCGGCAAGAUCAUGCGCCGCGUGCUGCGCAAGAUCGCGUCCAAGGAGGAGGACCAGCUGGGGGACAUCUCCACCCUGGCGGACCCCAGCGUGGUGCAGCAGCUGGUGGACCUGCGCGGCAAGUGA